AUGAGGAUCCUUCUGGUUACGGUUUUGGCUGCCGUCCUUUGGUCAGGCAAAGGUGAGAAAGGAGACUGUUUUCUUUGUCCAUACACACCGCUGCAAGGAUCCCUCGCCUUGCUUUUAAGAACUGCACGGCAGGGAGACAAAAGUAAAAUGAUUCCCAGUGUGGAUCACAGAAUCGUAGAAUUGUAGGAUUGAGAAGGGACCCCAUGCAGUGCAGAAAUCACAGCUGAAGAAACCCUGAUGGUGUGGUGGGAGAAAGACUCACCUGUUGAAUUUCUGCCCGACACGCAGCUUUUCAAAGGCGGUGGAGUCGGGGAAGAAUCUGGCAGUCCGAGAGACGGAGCAACACUGGAAUCUGAUUAAUAUGGAGGCAGUGCAGAAUGCGAUAAUUUAUGGAUAGAGUUCUUGCCGGGGAGAAAUCUGGUGAUUGAGAAGUGGAUUGAGUGUGGCAGUCAGAAUCCAUUGUUUGCAAGCGUGUUGGACAAGAAUAAUAGCCCCAGUCCAAGUGGUGUAAGAAGAGCUGUUGGAUCAGGCCUCCUAGUCCGUUAUCCUGUUCUCAUAGGGGUAGACUGCGCCUGUCAGUGGAGGUACAUCUUUAGUGGACGACAACAUAUUUUACUGCGAGUGAUGGGGGGCUUUUGCAUUAAUUCUCCUCGUCUUCCUUCUCCAGCUCUCUCGCUGAAAUGCUACUCUUGCGCCACGCAUUCCAACAGCUCCCACUGCAUGAUCCCCACGGUGUGCUCAGAGCUUGACAAGUACUGCAAGACCACGGUUGGGCCAUCGGAGACGGGUAAGUUGAGUCACGCCUUUGGAAAAGCAGCCAUGCUCCCGGCAGCUGGUUUGCAUCUAAUAUCAGCAUGUGAAAUGAUCGGUAAGGAAGAGGGGCAAGCAGCCAAGGCACCUGAUACUGAACCUGCCCAGCGUUGCCAUAAAAAUGUUUUAAAUAUUUCGCAAGUGCAAGGCUUGCAUCGCUCUCACUCUCUGCCUUAGCGUUGCCGUCCUUGCAAUAUGGAUGGGAUUUAUUUGCAUUAGGAUUAGCAGAGUAAUUACCGUAUUUUUCGUUCUAUAGGGCGCACCGGCCCAUAGGAUGCACCUCGUUUUUGGGGGGGGGAAAUGAAUAAAAAAAAUCCCCCCCCCCCGCCGCGGCUGCCGCCCCAAGCCUUGUGCACACCUGCAAGAAGCACGGGGCACCCUCCGGAGGGCUCCGCGUGCUUCGGGCGACAGGCUGCCGCCCCAAGCCUUGCGCGCGCGGCGGGACCUCCUGCCGGGCGCGCAAGGCUUGCGGACACUCGCCCGAAGCACGGGAGCCCUCCGGAGGGCUCCCCGUGCUUCGGCGACAGGCUGCCGCCCCAAGCCUCGCGCGCUCGGCGGGACCUCCUGCCGGGCGCGCAAAGCUUGCGGACACUCGCCCGAAGCACGGGAGCCCUCCGGAGGGCUCCCGUGCUUCGGGUGACAGGCUGCCGCCCCAAGCCUCGCGCGCUCGGCGGGACCUCCUGCCGGGCGCGCAAGGCUUGCGGACACUCGCCGGGGCUGCAGGCUGCUGCCUGCAAGCCUUGUGAGCCCGCGGGAACUCCCACCGGGCUUGCAAGGCUUGCGGAUAGCUCCUGAAGCCUGGAGAGCGAGAGGGGUCGGUGCGCACCGAUGCCUCUCGCUCUCCAGGCUUCAGCGAAAGCCUGCAUUCGCCCCAUAGGACGCACACACAUUUCCCCUUCAUUUUUGGAGGGGAAAAAGUGCGUCCUAUGGAGCGAAAAAUACGGUAGUUUCCUUUUGUUCUUGUUUUUAUUAUGUAUUUUGUGUUUUUUAUAUUGUAAUUUUAUGUUGUGAACGGCCCUGAGAUCUACGGAUAGAAAAAAAUGGUAUACAAAUUCAGUUCUUUUUUACCUGGGGGGAUGCAGGGAUACGCAUACCCCUAAAUCUUUGUACUUUUGUCCAUUUACUGUAUUUACUUUUCCCAAUUGGAAUUAUAAAAUGAUGUUUUUCUUGAGUCAAAAUGAGAGUACCCCUAAACAUUUUUUAAAGAAAAAAAGCACUGUAAAAAUUUAUUUACGUAGUAACAACAACAACAACAACAACAACAACAACAACAACAACAACUUUUUUUGUAUGAACAUGAACUCUGUUCUUUGGUUCUAUGUUUUGGAAUUUUGGACUAAAAUUCUGGAUUUCUCGGCUAGUUUGCCUGUACAACAACCACUUCUGUAUGAGGGAAGAUGAAAAAACAGCAACUACCAAUGAACCAGAGGUCCCUUCUUCAUGGUCUGCAGAAGGGACAUCUUGGCUCAUUUGGAAGCUGCUCACAUCUUCCUUGGAAUGUGUGUACGACUCCUUAGAUUUCUCUAUCGCACUUGCCAGUGACCACACUGAGUCCAUUCCUGGGUUAAAAACACUGGGUAAGGGCCAUAGCUUGCUGGUAGAGGAUCUGCUUUGCAAGCAAAGGGUCCCAGGUUCUAUCUUUGCCCGCAACUCCUGGUAGCUGCCAGUCAGUGUAGACAAUACUGAGUCAGAUGGACCAAUGGUCUGACUCAGAAGACGGCAAGUUCCUACAUCCCACUAUAAGGGGGUGAAGAGCAAGCUCACUUCUCAGUAGGCAGGUGCUGCCAAUAGUGCCUACACCUUUUGCUUCCUAACUUUCCUUCUACAAAGGCUAGAAACUUACUUUAAAAACUCCCUGAAAGCUCAGAGUCGAGUUCCCUUGCUGGCUCUUGGCCUGCUACAGCAGAACCCACCUCUUGCUAGUAGAAUCAAUGGUUCAUCAGGGAGAGUUACAGUGGUACCUCUGGUUGCGAACGGGAUCUGUUCCGGAGCCCUGUUUGCAACCUGAAAGGAACGCAACCCGCAUCUGCAUGUCUGCGCACGCGCGGGUCGCGAUUUGCCACUUCUGCGCAUGCGUGUGACGUCAUUUUGCGCAUCUGUACAUGCACGAGCGGCAAAACCCAUAAGUAACCCUUUCCGGUACUUCUGGGUCGCCGCAGGACACAACCUGAAAACGCGCAACCUGAAGCAAAUGUAACAUGGGGUAUGACUGCACAGUGGUACCUCGGGUUACAUAUGCUUCAGGUUACAGACUCCGCUAACCCAGAAAUAGUACCUCGGGUUAAGAACUUUGCUUUAGGAUGAGAACAGAAAUUGUGCUCCGGUGGCACGGCGGCAGCGGGAGGCCCCAUUAGUUAAAGUGGUGCUUCAGGUUAAGAACAGUUUCAGGUUAAGAACAGACCUCCAGAACGAAUUAAGUUCUUAACCCGAGGUACCACUGUAUCAGGAAACAGGGAAUAUCCUUGUCAAUGGGGACAGCUGGAACGCAUGAUCACAUUUCUCUGGAACUUCUCAGUAGGAUUAAGUCUUCUGGGUAGGGUUGGGUUUCCCAGCAACAACAUGUGCCAACAUCCCUUCAUUCUCAGAUGAGGUCACAAGCUGCAAGGUUGCCUAUUGAUUAUGGAUUAGGAUGUGGGGAGCCAGAACAGCAUACCAGGAAUGGGUGAGACUUCUCCUUAACUCCCCUCCCUCUCUCUUGCUAUUCCUUCGUUGAUCAAGGCUCCUCAAGCACGGCACAUGUCUCCAAGACGUGCGCGCUGGAAUGCGCCGAAACCAAGCAGCAUGGCGUUUCCACAUCCUGCUGCCAGAGAGACUUUUGCAACCGGAACGGAGCGGCCAGAACGAGGCCUGGCAACGUGGAGCAGCUUGCCAUCGUGGUUCCUCUUGCCAGUGCAAUUCUCUGGGUUGGACCUUGA